GCAGCGCAACAACAACAAAAGCCUCUCUCUCUUGUUUUGUGUGUUCUCCUCCUCUCGCUGGACGGCUCCCGGGGUGGGCGGUGAAGGGUGGAGUGUGGGUAGGUGGGAGGUUGUCUGUCUGAGGAACGAUGUCGAACAACAUGCCGACCGCAGUCGAAGAAGAUCAAGGGGCAUUGGACAAGCCGGAAAAGACUGAGGAAAAUGUCAGGGAAAAGUUUCAGAGAAUUCAGCAAAACUCCAGUCAGCCGACGAUCGAUGAUGAACAACUUCAACUGGCUGCAGCUUAUGUAUCUGAUGCUCAGUAUAACAGAAACAUCCAGUUUGAAACUUCACCACAAGCAAUCAGAUUCUACAAAUUGUACAAUCACUGGUCUACACAGGGAAUCACUUAUUUUUUUGUACUUGUGGAUCUUCUGCUUGGCUUAUUUGAAGACCCUGCAGUCUAUUUGCUACCGAUUUGGGUAACUUCAACAGUGGAGUUUAUUUGCUUGCUGAUAUUUACUGUACGGCUGUUACAUUUCUCAAAGAUUACUCCCACCAAGGUGUUUUGGAAAGAUGCAAAGAACAUCUGUGUCAUUGUCAGCAUAUUGCUCACGUUGAUGGAUAUGAUUGUAUACUUGGCUCUGACAGAAACUGGAUAUUUUGUUGUCAGGUGGUCGAGAAUCUUGAGGCCACUGUUUUGUGUAAACUUCACUGAAAGUCGUCAGCUCCGAAGAGCCUUCAGGAACAUCCGCAACACUCUUCCAGAGAUCACCUAUGUGUUUGUGCUGUUUAUGUUCAGUGUUGCAGUGUUUUCUCUUAUGGCUUUGAAGUUGUUUGCAAAAAGAAAGCUCACAACAGGAGAAGGAGCCCCAUACUUCAGUAACUACCUAGACGUAUUCUUUAAUCUCUACGUGCUGGUGACCACAGCUAAUAGCCCUGAUGUGAUGAUGCCUGCCUAUGAGAUCAGCUGGGCGUAUUCCAUUUUCUUUGUCAUUUUUAUAAUACUGAAUACCUAUGUCUUUAUGUCUCUCUUCCUGGCUGUUGUGUAUAAUGACUACAAGAAACAUUUAAAGAAUGAAGUAAGAAAACUAGUUUAUAUGAAGCAUCGGAAAAUGAUAGAAGCAUUUAACAUCUUGAAGAUGAAGCAUGGGACAGAGUUUGUGGUUGUCGAUUCACACUGGAGACAGCUGGUGAAACUGGUGGCACCAGAGAUCCCCAGCUCUCAUAGAGAGCUACUAUGGAGAGUUUCUGAUGAUGAACAGAAGGGCUUUGUGGGAAGAGAGUGCUUCAUCCGCUUGGCAGAUCUCCUGAACAUACAGAUUGUUCAGAUGAAGGAAAGAGUUCAUCCAUUGGAGAAAUGCAUGCCAAACAUAUACAACUCUGCAGUGAGCCAGUUUAUCCGCAGAAUAGUCAAGCACCAGGGUUUCCGUUAUGCAUAUGAUGUUAUCAUUGUUAUAAAUGCUAUUUUUAUUGGAGGUGAUGAGACCAAUCCUUUAAUAUCCAAGGCAGAAUGGGUAUUUUUGGCUCUCUACUUAGUUGAAAUACUGCUGAAACUCUUUGCAUAUGAGCCCAGGGCAUUUUUUGCCAAAUCUCAAUUUUGGAAUUGGUUUGAUACCCUAAUAAUCGUUGCUGCUUUGCUGGGUACUAUAGUCAAUACUACACUUAAGUCAUCAGGUGGAUACAGCAGUCAACAGGUCUUGGAUAUUGUGUUCAUCUUGAGAGUACUUCGAUUAAUCAGGAUCGUUGACAGUUUCCAGAGAUUCAGGGUCCUGCUGAAUACACUGGUAAAUCUUAUUCCUACAAUGUUAACCUAUGCAGGACUUGUUAUGGUCGUGUACUACAUAUUUGCGAUAGUUGGAAUGGAAGCUUUCAAAGGCAGAGUUCGAUUUUAUGGUGCUAACUCCAGUGAUCCUGCAGCCAAAUAUUGUGGGAAUCCAGCACUGAAGGGUUCUCAGUUUGCUGCUCUUAGAUACUGCAAGAAUAACUUCAAUAAUAUUAUUUCGGCCUUCAUCUUGCUGAUCGAAUUAACGGUGGUCAAUCAAUGGCAUGUUCUUGCAACUGGAUUUGUUAAAGUAACUCACUUAACUGCAAGGAUCUUCUUUGUCAUCUUUCAUAUAAUGGUUGUUAUUAUUCUUAUCAAUAUCUUUAUAGCAUUUGUGUUGGAAGCGUUUUUUGUGGAACACUCAUUGGCCAGGAGUGCGGUAGAAACUGCUGUUGAGAAGAAAAUUCAGGAGCUUGGAAUGGGAGAUUGCAUGGAUCACCCAGCUGGAAAUCUAGUUGAAGUUAUGGAGACAAAUGAAAACGAUCUUGGCAAUACUGAUGAUACAGACUUGAAAUCCAGAUUGAGAUUCAGAAUAGCUUCAAUUAGAUACAAGACUGUUGAUGCCUUGCUGCAACAUAUGUUUGAGGAGGAGCUAAAACCAGAAGAUGAAAUACCAACUCUGGAAGAGAUUGAUAAUCUUUCACCAGAUGAUUACACAUCUAAGCAACCCACUUUCAAUAGUCUAGCGUAACUUGUUACAAAAGGCUCAUGUCAUAGAUUCAAAAUGAAAAAUGUGCUUUUUGUCUGCGUUAACAUGUAUUCUCAGCUGAACACUAUGUAGUAUGGGACGCAAAGGGAUUAUCCUGUUACUUUUGAGCAGUAUGCACUUGACAUUGGAGAUAAUGUGUGGAUCCAAAUGAACUCUUGCACUAAAAUGA